AAUAACUUUUAUCGACCAGAUGCCAUAGGCGCUUCCCACCCUCUCCUGUCGAAGAAAGGAAACAGAGGAAGAUGGCGCUAGCUAUCCUGGCGAGGCGGAGGGCGGGGGAGGCGGUGGCGCGGCGGGCGCACGCCCCCGGGGCGGCGGCGCUGUCCGCGUGGAGGGCGUACGCGGCGGCGGCGGCGGCGGAGGAGAGCGACGUCGUGGUGGUCGGCGGCGGGCCGGGAGGGUACGUGGCGGCCAUCAAGGCGGCCCAGCUGGGGCUCAAGACCACCUGCAUCGAGAAGAGGGGCACCCUCGGCGGCACCUGCCUCAACGUCGGAUGCAUCCCCUCCAAGGCUCUGUUGCACUCUUCUCAUAUGUACCAUGAAGCAAAGACUUCUUUUGCACACCAUGGAGUGAAAAUCUCUAAUCUGGAAGUGGAUCUCCCAGCCAUGAUGGCGCAGAAAGACAAGGCCGUGGCCGGGUUAACAAAAGGAAUCGAAGGCCUCUUUAAGAAGAACAAAGUGACAUAUGUCAAAGGCUUUGGGAAACUUACUUCCCCUUCAGAAGUUUCGGUUGAUUUGGUCGAUGGUGGUAACACUGUUGUCAAAGGAAAAAACAUAAUCAUUGCCACUGGAUCUGAUGUAAAAUCACUUCCUGGGAUUACAAUUGACGAGAAGAAGAUUGUCUCAUCCACUGGCGCCCUGUGCUUGUCAGGUAUCCCAAAGAAAAUGGUUGUCAUUGGAGCUGGUUACAUUGGCCUGGAAAUGGGUUCAGUCUGGAACCGUCUUGGGACAGAGGUCACUGUUGUUGAAUUUGCUCCAGACAUAGUCCCAUCAAUGGAUGGUGAAAUCAGGAAGCAGUUCCAGCGCAUGUUGCAGAAGCAGAAAAUGAAGUUUAUGCUCAAAACAAAGGUGGUCGGAGUUGAUACCUCUGGAGACGGGGUGAAGCUAACACUUGAGCCUGCAGCUGGAGGUGAGCAGAGCAUCCUUGAAGCAGACAUCGUUCUCGUCUCUGCUGGAAGGACCCCAUAUACCGCCGGGCUCGGGCUGGAUGCCAUUGGGGUUGAGAUGGACAAGGCUGGCAGGAUCCUCGUCGAUAAGCGGUUCAUGACCAAUGUGAGUGGAGUGUAUGCGAUCGGCGAUGCCAUCCCUGGGCCCAUGCUUGCCCACAAAGCUGAGGAGGAUGGUGUGGCAUGUGUCGAGUUCCUUGCUGGCAAGGAAGGUCACGUUGACUAUGAUUUGGUGCCUGGUGUGGUCUACACACAUCCGGAGGUGGCAUCUGUCGGGAAGACGGAGGAGCAGGUGAAGGCCUCAGGAAUUGCCUACCGAGUCGGCAAAUUCCCGCUCAUGGCAAACAGCCGUGCGAAGGCUAUUGAUGAUGCCGAGGGGAUGGUUAAGGUCGUGGCUGACAAGGAAACUGACAAGAUUCUUGGUGUGCACAUAAUGGCGCAGAAUGCUGGAGAGAUCAUCCAUGAAGCUGUGCUUGCCCUGCAGUAUGGAGCAUCCAGCGAGGAUGUUGCCCGAAUAUGCCAUGCACAUCCCACUGUGAGUGAGGCCCUCAAGGAGGCUUGCUUGCAAACCCAUUCUAAGGCCAUCCACAUAUGAUUUCUCCUUUUUCUGUUAUCACUUGUCUCAGGAAGUUCCAAAAUUUUGUAAUAAUUUUGGAUGUAUGGGAACAAAAAGCAUACGAUUGUCAUUUCGCCCUGUCGGCAAUACUGUGAAUUAACAGUUGCCAGUGCCACGGGUUCAUUGUACAUGCCAUUGAAUUUAUGUUUCCUUCUUAGGCCCUACUA